CCUUCGCGAAGACGGCGAAAGUGAAUUCGUAUCUGUCUCGGAUGGCGGGUCGCGCAGCCGUGAGCCGCGUCCGUGCGGCGUGCCUCCGCCACAAUCAUGUGAGCAGUGAGCGGGUUAACCGCGCAACUUUACAUUCACUAUCCGCCACCGUGCACCGACGCGACGACGGCGCGGCGCGGUGCGUGCGGAUUCGCGGCCCGCCAACGUGCGAUAAUGAAAUGCCAGGCGACGCCGGCCUCUUCCGCGUCAAGAGCGAGCCACUGUCCGAGGAAGACGACAGCAACUCCUUCGUCCAAAGCUAUCUGGUCAAUCAGCUUCCUUCGGAGGAUUUACGUGCGCAGUUGGGCACAGAAUACCUGAGGAGUGACAAUGUACCGACGCAUCUACUGCACCAUAUACACGUAAGUGCAUGUUAUAAUUAUUGGAACGAAUUAGGUGAGUUAUUCACGCUAAUUACUUUUUAA